AUAUCAUAUGAUUGGCUAUGUCACAUGGCCAACCUAAGUUAGCCCAUUCACAACUAUCUGUGUUAUUAAUGUAUCAAACAUCAUAAAUUUAACUUAGAUCAGACACCUUGGAUCUCCCAUGUGGGUCUAUAUGUGUAAAACCGUGUUUUAUUCUUGAUGCACAAAAGUCUUUGAUAGCUUUAGAUUGGUUGAGCUAACUAAAAUAAAGCCACACAUAUACAUAGGCCAUGGGAGAGCAAAAUGGUCAUGUUAGUAACCUCUUUGAAGACGGCUGGUUCUUUGGAAACACCUUAUUAAACACAUCAAAUACAUCAAAAAUUAUGGUAAGGUGUAACUCUGAUCCUUGUUCUUCCUCAAGCUCUAAGAAAGAGACUUUGGUCUCUCAACAUCAUUCAAAGAUGAGUAAUAAUCUACAUAGAACUCCUUCACUUCCAGUUUCCUUAGGACGAGAUAGUAAAUAUCAACUAGAUGAAGAAGAAGAAGAAGAGGACGAGCCGAGGAUGGGUGAUUUGAUAAGGCAAGCUAUGCCAAUGCCAAUGCCAAUAAUGCCUAGAAGAAGGUUGGAUCGGACGCCGUCUUUGCCACCUUGUAGGGGGGAUGAGGCUUUAAACAUGGCAUCUAACGUCCAAAGUGGUGUCGGAGUUGGUAGAUUGACUCGACGAGAGUCGAUAGACUCCUCGGCUUUGUUGCCGGAGAAGGGUCCUAUUGCAAUGAGUAAACUUACUAGAAGAGCAUCCAUAGACUCUUCUUUGUUGUUGCCUCCUAAAUGCACUACUUCCAAGAGCACGAAGCAGAACACAAGCAACUCAAAGACCCGAGCACACUGGAAACUGGAGCAAAUAACCGAAACAAAACCACAAAAACUCGACAAAAGUAAAUCACAGAAGAGUUUAACUGAUCUGGAAGUUGAGGAGUUGCAAGGUUUUAAGGACUUAGGCUUUUCAUUUGAUAACAAAGAUGACUUAAGUCCAGGUGUGACACAAAUACUUCCUGCCUUACAAAGAAGAGCUAGCCUUGACAGUAAUAAUGUAGAUAAUAUUGGUAAAGUGAGAAGGCCUUAUCUUUCUGAGUCAUGGCAGCAAAAAACAUCUUCUCCUAUAUCAGCACCUCCUGCUUUGAAAUGGGAUGAUCAGAAAGCUUCAUCAAGUGAAGAUAUGAAGGCUCAGAUCAAAUUUUGGGCUCGAGCUGUUGCUUCGAAUGUGCGCCAAGAGUGUUGAUCAAUGAUCAUACAGAUAAAGAUUUUGAGUACUUAUUAUUAAUAUUGAUUCUUCCAUCUUUACUCAAGUUAAUUAAGUUUAGAAUUGUUGACUUAUACAUCUAAAUAAAGCUUGGCUUUGAGUUUCUUAGCCAAUGCACUGACUAAGUAACAGUACAAAAUUUUGGUUCUUUGAAGAUGAGUUUUAUUGUUGGUUAAGAAACGUGAAAAUGGGGUUUGAAAUUUGCGUAAGUUGAACAGUUUGCUGCCCAGAUCGGAAAAUAUGUGAUUCUUCAAAUUUUGUAUCAUCAAUGUAUCAAUAUAAGAAUAAUUUCUAAAUGUUUCUCGAUGGUUA